AUGGGUGGAGACGAAACACUUAAACAUCAUCUAGAAAAUUCUUCAAAAAAUGCAAGAUACUUAAGUCCCACCAUUCAGAAUGAAGUGAUAAAUGUGUGCAAUAAAUUAAUUGUUCAAAAGAUUGUUGCGAAAAUUACUUCUGUUAAAUUGUUUUCUGUCUUAGCCGAUGAAACUAGUGAUAUAGCUGGUAUGGAGCAAUUUUCGUUGUGUGUUCGCUACUAUGAUAACGACAUAAAGAAAAUAAGGGAGGAUUUCCUACAGUUUGUAGGUGUAACUGAUCUAACAGGCAAAGGACUUGCAAAUGUUUUAAUGGACACUCUAGCAAAUUUACACAUAGACGGUAAUUUUAUGAUAGGUCAAGGAUAUGAUGGAGCCGCUGCAAUGAGUGGUCGACUUCAUGGGGCGCAACAAUAUGUUGCUGAGAAAUUUGAUUUGGCUAUUUACGUGCAUUGCGCAUCUCACAGUCUAAACCUAGCACUUUCUGAUGCCUGCGAACUACCAGCUGUGAGAAACUGUAUGGGAAUUCUUAAUAGUACAUACAACUUUUUUAACACACCAAAACGACAAUCUUUGCUUGCAAAUUCAAUAGAGAAAUUAACACCUAAAGCAUCAGCAUCUCGACUUAAACGAUUGUGCGCAACCAGAUGGAUUGAGCGUCAUGAGUCUGUCAACGUUUUUAUACAGCUUCAAAAAGCAACUGUUGAUGCACUGGAAAUUAUGUCAUCCUGGCACGAUACAACAACUUCUUCAACAGCGGUUCAACUUUUAGGAGCAAUUAGGAGUCUUGAGUUUCAAGUUUCUCUUAGAGUUAUCUCAAAAAUCUUUGCAAUAACACUUCCUGUCAGCAGAAUACUCCAAACAGAAAACUUUGAUCUAUCUGCGGCUCUAAAAUUUACAGAAGAUUCAAGUAGCCUACUUGUGAAUAUGCGGAAGGAUGCUGAAUCAGAAUUUACAACCGUAUUUAAUGAAGUCAAAGACUUUUGUGAGGACUUCGACAUAGAUAUACUUAUUCCACGUCGAGCUGGAAAACAAAUUCAACGCUGCAAUGUUAUGGCAAAUACGCCCGAAGAGUAUUACAGAAUAGCUGUAUUUAUUCCUUUCCUUGAUUCGGUUAUAUGUCAAAUAGGAGACAGAUUGCUAAAACAUAAAUCUGUUUUGAGAGGUUUUAUGUGUCUUUUACCCAAUGACUCGGGUUUUACCAAAGAACAGGAAAAGAAUGCCAUAAUACUUAUGCAAAAAUAUGAACGUUUGAUUAACAGCAGUGUCAUCGAUGAAAGCAUUGGAGAACUGCUAAAUAUUUUGACACAUCUUGUAGACUUAAAUGUUAAGAAAGACGUGUUUAUUCCAUUACUUAAAUAG